GCUGCGGGGAAUGGUCUCGCUCCUGCUGCCUCGCCUCGCCUCCCCUCCUCGCCCGCUCGCUCUGGAGGCUCGUCGUCACCCGAGCGGCGAUGUUACCUUGUAGCGAUGUUGCAGGGCCGGAUGUGCAGCCGCGAUGGUAACAGUGUGGCCAGGCCGGGCAGCUAGCUGGCGACUAGCUGGCUUUCUGGGGGGUCCGGCAGAUGCUCCAGGAGUCCCUUUGCAACCCCGCUCUGCCCCUUUGCGCGAAAGGACCUUCAUGGCAUUACGAACGAGACGGGGAAAGGUGUGAAUAAUUCUCAAGCUCUGCCUUCCAGGACUGGAAAAAACAUUUGACCUUUAAAGGAAAAGCAAGAUAUUGCUGCAAAGGGAUUAUUAUUAUUUUUGGCUUGGUUCAAGCCGUGAAGAAUUGUAUAGUGUAUAUGUAUUUGAAGUGUCAUACUUGUUAAGCUUAAGAGUAUAAGUAACACACAUCGGAGCAAUGAAGAAGUUUUUUGACUCUCGGCGAGAGCAGGGGGGAUCUGGAGCCGGUUCUGGUACCAUUGGGGGAAGUAGCAGCAGCACUGGACCAGGGAGCGGAUAUAUAGGCCGGGUUUUCAGUAUCGGAAGGCAUCAGGUGACAGUUGACGAGGUUCUAGCUGAAGGAGGGUUUGCUAUUGUAUUCCUAGUGAGGACCAGCAAUGGGAUGAAAUGUGCCCUCAAACGGAUGUAUGUCAACAACGAAUACGACCUACAGGUCUGCAAGCGGGAAAUUCAGAUCAUGAGGGAUCUUGCUGGACACAAGAACAUUGUUGGGUACAUUGAUUCCAGUAUAAACUCUGUGAGCAGUGGGGAUGUUUGGGAAGUUUUAAUUCUAAUGGAUUUUUGCCGAGGAGGCCAAGUGGUAAACUUGAUGAAUCAGCACUUGCAAACAGGUUUUACGGAAUGCGAAGUCCUGCAAAUUUUCUGUGACACGUGUGAAGCUGUGGCCAGGCUACACCAGUGCAAGCUGCCCAUAGUCCACAGGGAUUUGAAGGUGGAGAACAUCUUGCUCCAUGAUCGUGGCCAUUAUGUCCUGUGUGAUUUUGGAAGCGCCACCAACAAAUUCCAGAACCCUCAGCUUGAAGGAGUAAAUGCAGUGGAAGAAGAGAUCAAGAAGUACACCACGCUAUCCUACAGAGCACCAGAAAUGGUCAACCUCUAUAGCGGCAAGUUGAUUACUACAAAAGCAGAUAUAUGGGCUCUGGGCUGCUUGCUGUACAAACUCUGCUAUUUCACUUUACCGUUCGGAGAGAGCCAGGUGGCAAUUUGUGAUGGGAACUUUACCAUUCCCGACAACUCUCGUUACUCCCAAGACAUGCACUGCCUCAUAAGGUAUAUGCUGGAGCCAGACCCUGACAAGAGGCCCGAAAUUUACCAGGUCUCCUAUUUUGCAUUCAAGCUAGCUAAGAGGGAAUGUCCAAUCCAGAAUGUGCAGAACUCUCCAAUCCCUGCCAAGCUCCCUGAGCCAGUGAAAGCGAGUGAAGCUGCUGCUAAGAAAAGUCAGCCAAAGGCCAGGCUGACGGAUCCUAUUCCUACAACAGAAACAUCCAUCACUCCACGCCAAAGACCCAAAGCCGGGCAGACGCAACCUAAUCCAGGAAUUUUGCCCAUUCAGGCUGCCCUGACUCCUAGGAAGAGGCCCACAGCUCAAGCAAAUGUCCAGGCACAGGCUGCAGUGCCAGUAUCUUUGGCUACCAGUCAGCCCUCCCUCCCUGCCAGUCUCCCACAGCCGAAAGCUCUGUCCCAACCGACUCAACCUCAGCCUAAGCAGCCGGCCCCUGUACAGCCAGCGACUGCUGCUGCCUGCCAGCCACAGGUCCCUUCAACUCAACCCCAGGCCACUCCUCAGCACCAGCUCUUCUUAAAACAGCAGCAACAGCAGCAGCAACAGGCUGCAUUCUAUCAGCAUCCGCCAGCAUCCCAGCAGCCAGUAUCAACUCCACCACAGCUUCCGGUGAUGCCGCAGGCACCUCAGCAGCCAGUGAAGCCACAGUUCCCAGUGGUGCAACAGGGAGUGGUCACACCAGUGCAACAGCAGCCGAUGCAGAAUUACAUGCAGCAGCAGCUCCUGACACAACAGGCUGCACUGCAGCAAAAGACGGUCGUAGCAGCAGCAGCGCAGCAGAAGCAACCAUCUCAGAUCCUGCCUCAAGCACAGCAGGCUGUGGCUCAGCCGGCUUCUGCACAGGAUCUGCCGCAAGCACCUCCACGUCAACAAAAGCCCCCAACAACCCCUCCCUCAGCUAUUCAAGGCCAGAAAGUGGGCUCUCUCACACCCCCGUCCUCCCCCAAGACACAGCGAGCUGGACACAGGAGGAUUCUGAGUGACGUGACCCACAGCGCUGUCUUUGGAGUCCCAGCGAGCAAAUCGACUCAGCUUCUCCAGGCUGCGGCAGCUGAGGCCAGCCUCAAUAAAUCCAAGUCGGCUUCGACUACACCUUCUGGUUCCCCUAGAACCUCUCAACAAAAUGUCUACAACCCUCCAGAUGUUUCCACCUGGAAUCCCUUUGAUGACGACAACUUCUCCAAGCUCACAGCAGAAGAGCUAUUGAACAAGGAUUUUGCAAAACUAAAUGAUGGUAAACUUCCGGAGAAGCUCUGCAGCUCCACAGAGAACUUGAUUCCGGGUUUUCAGCCGGCACCUUCUGCAACGCAAGCAGAUGUAUUUGGAUCAUCUUCUCUCGCAUCUGUAUCAGCUGAAAAAACAAAAGAUAUUCUGGAUUCUAGCCCACCACUUCUGGCUGUUCCUGAUCCUUUCAUUCCUCUUCCACUAUCAGAUACACCAGAAGAUACUAACCUGAUCUCGGGCUUUGAUUUCCCAGAGGAUUCUGAAAAAGUGACAGAAGAUGAGUUUGACCCCAUCCCUGUGUUGAUAUCCAAAAAUUCACAAGGUCCGCAAGGGGAGCCAACUGUAUACUUUGUGGUAAAAGCUGACCAAGAUCACGAAUGUUCUCCUGGCUGCUUCCCUUUGAACAUACAGCAGCCGCAAAUACUGGAAGCAGAAAACCAACAUGGAGAGGAAUUUGAUUAUGUGAUGAGGGAUGGCCCUUCAAGCAAUGGCUCUUUUCACAGCAGUGAGGGCGAAGGGACAGACCACGAAGGGGACAUAUUGGAUUGCAGUGGAUCCAGACCUCUGCUAAUGGACUCUGAUGAGGAAGACGAGAGUGGUAAGAUGAAUCCACAUCAAGAAGGAGCCAAAGUUUCCCAAGAAGCCUUGAAUCCACCAUCUUCCCAGAGUGGAAUGGGGCAGAUUCUAUUCAACACUUUCCAACACCGCUCUGCAGAAACUUCUGGUGAAGGAGACGUCUUUGCUACAGCUCCUUUCCGAAGCUCAAGAACCUUCCAUGAUGACCUGGAUGUCUUCGCCAAAGCACCCUUCGUCUCCAAAAGCCAUACAUUUGCUAAUCAACCUGAUGAGGGUGACAUAUUCCUUCGGGCUCCAUUCACAAAAAAGAAAAGCCAGGAAGAGUUGCCAUCAUACAAUGUUGCUAAGGAAUCUCCUGCUGUAGCGGCUUUCUUGGGUUUAACUGGAAGUGCCCAGUAUGUUCUUAACCCUAUACUCCAGAACUUGGAUACAGGGACGCACAGUUCACCUCGCCCUCAGUAUUCUGUGGCCCCAUUUGCUCAGUCAUCUAUCGCUCCACCUCAUUCUCCACUGGCAGGGGAUGGCCAAGACCCCAUUCCUCCCAAAGAUCCACCCAAAGAAUUGGGUAGUGUUCCUAAUGAUGUGCUCCAAGAACACACACUCCCCCAGGAAGCCCUCUUGUGCUCCAAGGGCAGCAAGCCCUUCCGCCCACAGUCAUUGGCAAAAUACUCCCGUCACUACAGUCCAGAAGGCAGUCAGUGUGCAGAAGCUCAACCUAUAGCAGCUUAUAAAGUGGUCUCUCAGACCAAUAAGCAAGCCAUAGCUGGGUCCAUUUCCAUAGCAUCUCUUUCCUACAGAACUAAAGAGCUGCCCAAUGCUGACCCGUUUGCAUCAGCACCCUUUCCUUCCAAACAGAAACCUUAAACACUUUCCACUGUGACAGGCUUACAUGCCUUCAAAUAUGUUGACCUUGAAUUUACAAGCCCGUAGACAGAAUAUGCUCCAAAACUAUAAUAUAGAUAACCAUCUCCAGGUGUUGUGAUGUUCAUCUGAACCAUAUGAAGUUGUUGGUUCCAGGCUACUAACUGCCAGACAAAUUUUGAGUGUUCAUGCUUUUUAGAUACUCUUACCACACUCCCCAGCCUAUUUUCUCAAUAUUUUUUAUUGUUAUUGACACCAGUAAUCGUAGGGUGAAUAUGUUGGAGAGAAUGAAUUACCUCUUCAUAUUAGCAUCUAAGGAUUACAGAGCAUAUCAACACUACAUUAAGAAUGUUCCAGGGGGGGAAAGGUACUGAUACGGACGAAGUUUAAUUUUUUUCUAUCCAAGACAAAUCUGGGAGACAGGACAUAGAAAACUUUACCAGUUUCUUCCAGCUAAUGAAUUCCAUCCUAGAACCAGAAACUUCCAGAUUGAAAUGGAGAUUUUAGUCUACAAUGUGUGUGUGUGAACAUAUUUUUACCUGACAUCAUUAAUUCUAAAGCCUUUUAAAACAGUUUGCGGUUUGGAGAAGCAGCAGUCUAAUCAGCUUAGGCUCCAAUCUUAGACCUUGUGAUUUUGGAAGUAAGUCCUGAAAUGCAGGAACUUGCAGAAUGUGCUUAGCUUUGGGAUAUUAGGCAUUUUGUUACUUUUUAGUGGAAGGAUAAUGGAAAUGAUGAAGGCUAGAGAGAAGGUGGGAAACCCCUUUAUGCCAAAGGAAGGCUCGGCAUUUUACUUGCUUCAUAUAAUUUGCAAAGCCAUUUUUUGGUUGUGAAUGGGAGUCAAGUCCAAAUGAGAUCAGUGGGGAGAGAUAUUUAGUACAAUUCAACUCUUUCUGUAGUACAGGUAAAAUUCCCAUUGAUCCAGCUGAUAAUAAUAAUCCUACAUAAUGUGUUUUUCAAACUUCCUGCCUUUUGUUGCAGAAUCUCUGUAGUUUACUAGGGCAUAAUUGGGUUGUGGAGGCACCAUUCAUAUCUGUUAGGCCUCACCCACACGAGCUGCAAUUGUAUAUUUAGGACAUGUUCAACAAUCCUGUUUGGCCAUGUGUUUCUGUAGUGUGCAGAGAAACUGCCUUUUAGGGAAGCUUGCCCCCUCUGUGACUGAAUUUUCCUACUGAGGCAUUCCCAAGAGGCUUCCAAGGAGCCAGAACUUUGCUUGAAAGUCAUUGAUGGUGGGUGUUUUUAUACACACAAUUCUUAAAAACAACUUCUGGUGCAGUUACUCCAGGAUAUCUGAAGAUCGUAUUUGAAGGUUAGUUUUCACAUCGUAGCCCUUAUAUUUCCAUUUUGUACAACUGGACUGAAGAGCUACAUUUUUUUUAAUUUUAAAAAGGUAUCCCAUAUCACAUGCUAUGGACAACACUAUUAUGAAAUAGUGUGGUAUUAAUCCUACUGACAUCAGUGAUGCUUUGACCACUUCUGAUAGCUGAAGAUUUGAUUCUACAGAAUAUCAAAUGAGUGAAUGACAGGCUAGGGUAUUUUAUUCCUUCUUUUUCUUUACACAUUGUUUUAGACAAUCCAAAAAGCUGGUGAAUCACAGCACUGAAAAGGUAGCAUAUGCUGUAUAGACAUUUAAGGAAAGUUGAUGUAAUUUUUGCCUUAAAGAAAGGUGUCAGCCACUCCCUAUAUAACGGAUGUGGCCAAAUACAAAAUUCAGAGAUGUCCUGCCAGCCAUUCUUCCUUAACACUACUUUUUUUACUUCAUGUUCUUGCAAAAGUAUCUUUUAAGUGCCCUUUCUGAAUGGCUUGUCUGUUUGCUGGUAAAGAGAGACAAUCUUACCAUGAGAAUAUGGCAAAGCACAUCUUGGGUGACUUUAAAGAGUGAGACACCUAUUUAACUAGAGGGUAGAACCCACCAAGAAGUAAGCUGUAAUGAAAUGGGCAGGGAGUGCCCAUCUCUGCUUUUCUGCGUUGGGCAACUUUUAUCCAUUUAGGCUGGGCUUGUAGGGAACAUCCUGAUGGAUUGUACCACAUAUUAAUUACUGGGAAUUUUCUAUGAAUGUUUUACCUCAGGCACCACAAUGCCUUGGGUCUACUUUUGCUAUGAAUAAUAGGUAGGCCCGUUCUCUUAAAGAGUCUGGCUGAUACCUGUGUGUAAGCAAUUAGGUGUUUGGAGGGUGAGGCCGCCUUAGCUGGUGUGUUCAUAUGAAGGGCUCAUGUCAAAGUCUUCAGACUCUAGCUGGCUUAAGCUUAGGCAGACUGAGACAGUCUUUAAAGAUUCAGAAAUCCAUUUUUAGUACUUAAAACACACACUCUUUAGCACUUUACUCUUGCAAAUGAAUAUUCUGGACAGCGGCAGUGCAAGGCAGGUCUGGCAGAGGUCCCCCCUCCUUUUUUUUGUUUUGCUGAGACUUUUAAAUGUUUGUAAGAUGACUGUGAAAAGUUGCCAGUUUUUGCCGUGCUUUUGAGAUGUUCUCUUUGCACCUAGGUUUAAAUGGUGUUAACAGUGAAUCAAUGUCCCCUGCUUUUCCUGUCAAAGUGAGAAGUAAAUGGAUUUAUAUGAGGAUGAUCGCAUUGAGUAAUCUAUGGCCUCUUCCAGUCAACAGCUUUGCGGGAGUGUAAAUAGGAAGCACAACAAGUCCAGCUGCCUGGUAGAGGAAGAAGCUUGCUUUAAAAAGGUUUACACAGCAGAAGAUCUGCAUCAAAGGAAUUGCGCACAUGUUCAGGGCUUACUGUUACUGAGCCUAGAGUCUUCCAUGCAUUGAUUGAAUUGGAGUGCUUUGAGGCAUGUGUGGAAGUCCCUUCCUGUAACUUACCACAGCUCAUCACUCUUGCUCUUAGAGCUAGGGUUUUUAGGAAAACGUUGGGCUUUGGCUACUCCUCUUUUUAAUGAUUUAAAGUACUUAAUUUGAUCAAAUGCAGCAUAACCCCUCUCCGCGCACACACACAGACACACAAAGGAAUUUAAGAGUAAAUUCAGGCAACAGCAGGAUAAGAGAAGUGACAUGUCUAUAAGCAGGAGUCAUCUCUAUCUCUUCUCUUAGGCCAAUACUGUGUUUUUGUUUUUUUAAGCCUGUUGUCGAACCUGUGCAACCUAAUAAUGGUUUAUAGGAAGAAAUAGAGAAGAGUUUGAUAUUGCUAAUAAUUUUGAGGCCCCCCCUCCCCUCCCCAGCAGGGGAGGAGUUCUUUGAAAGCGUAUGCAAACUUUUGCACCUCCACUGUGGGAAAACUGUGAUAAUUUUUCCGUUUUUUGUUUGUCUUCUUCCAGAAAAAGAUUAAACUCUUAUGACUGUUUAUCACUAUGUUUUUACAAAUAAUAGCAAAUCAAACUGAACUACGUUUAUGAAACCAUGGUGUUUUUCUCUCUAGGGCUUCUCACCUCACUCUGGAUAAUAUGAACAUUUGUGCUGAAGUUUUGAAACAUAAAGCUUACUGUAAGGGUUAAAACUGGACUAUAAGGAAUCAGAAUUGCUACAAUGCUCUGAUUGAGAAAAUUAGAACAGCAGUUGCACUGUGCAGUAUUAACACACCUAGAAUACAAUUUAGGAAUAAGACAAGAUAUGUACUGUAACGCGAAUUGGGAAGGGAAGAGCAUGCAGCUCAACGCUGAACUUGUAUGGCCCAGAGUUGUAUAAUGAACAGGAAUAUAUUUAGAUUUCAUUGAGAAUUUAAAAAAAAAACAGUGAUUACUAGUAUUUCCAGGAAUACUUUGGACGUUGUUAAGAUAAAUAAUAGCACUAUUACAAUCAAUAAUGAAAUUGCCACAGGGUAUAAGUUGGCUGCUUUUAAAUUGUUACAAAAAUCAGAUAUUAUUCUGUGAAGAUUUUUUAUAAAAAGAGUGCAUUAUUAUUCUGUUGUACCUAUAAUGUUUAUAUCAGGCAGAUGGUACUGUGUAGAGCUGUUACUAUAAACACAGCCAAAAUAUGAAGUUUCGCAGGGGUUUUGAUGCAUAAAUGGAGCUCUGUGGAAGAUACAGCUACCCAUUCACUCUCAUGUCAGAGAGUGCUCCAACAUAGUAUGUGAAAACUGUCGAGUCCAUUUAGUAUUAUUUAAGCAAUUUCUUUCCUCACAGUUACGAGUUAAGGACAAGUAAAAACAUAGGUAUGAUGUUGCUACUUAAUAUAUUCAUUGUCCAGGGGCACAGAAUUGGAACUGGAACCAAACAGUGAUACUACAAGUUGAAAUAUGAUCAUGAUAAUCUUCAUUUUUCCUCUGCAAUGGAAAAAAAAAUCGCCGUUUUUUUUAAAGGUAGCUGAUUCAGACAAACUGAAGACACCUCAGUGACUUCAUAAGUAACUCUGAGUAAAAUUUAAUUAAAUUUCAGCUCCUUCCAAAACACUUUUGCUUACUGGAACCCUUGGGUUUGGGGACAAUCUAGCAAACACUGCUAAUAUGCAGUGUCAGUGGAUUCACAGGAGGCUUAUGUAGGAGCCAUGCAAGAUCUACUGCACUGAAUGGAGGCUGCCAAACAGCAAGAGCUUGAAUCAAAGAAGGCUGCUUAAUAUCUUCAGUCAAUUUUUGAUCUACUCUGGCCGUGGGAUUCAUGUACAUCCAUCCAACGAGAAUCUGAGCUGGCUCCCAAUGACUUACUUCACGUUUGGCCUUUCUUCGAGCUGCGUGUUUGAUCAUCUGUUUGUCUUUUUCUUUUCCUUGUGUUCAUCCAUGUCCAGUCUCAGAAAUAUCAACUUGCUGAUUCAGUUUUCCUCAGGCAAGCUUACAGUUCCUGAAUCUUGGACUAUGAUCUUUAUUUUCCUUUACACAACAAACUAAGUUCCUGGCAGCAGCAGAUUAUUCCCUGGUGGUCUGCUUGGCUUGUUGCCUCACAAAUAGUAGGGACUACUGCCAACUUGAUUCUUCUUUGGCCUAAUGCAGUAUUCCCAAAUCUGGGCUGAACUUUACGGCUUUCUAAGCCAAGUCUGUUGUUAUCAUAAGUAUUGUAAACUAUUGAACUUAUCAUCUUACCCAUGAAUCCAGUGAACAUUGUGCAGAUGUUUAAAGAUAACUAGCUCCUUUUAUUUCUUCAAGGUUCCCUUAAGACUGGCCAUCACACUCUGUAUGAUGUAAGCUCUGUUAGGUUCAGAACUUGGGUCCUACUGGACAGACUCCCCUGUAAUCAAGAUGAGCUGUACCACUUAACAGAGAGGUGAUGGUGCUUGGCUGCCAUUCAAAGGCAGAAAAUUGACAACUCUUCCAUUUUUACUUCGUAGUAGAGGACCAAUUUGGAUUAUCUGCCUCAACACCAGGAAUUGUUUUUUGCUGUACUUUUUUUGCUCAGUACAGUGUGUAGUUCUCCAAAUGUGGCUGGGAUUAGGGCUUUUAUACCCCUAUAGACUAUCAGUGUAAAUAUGACUAAUAUUGGCUGAUCAACGCAGAAAAAGCAGGUUUCUGGAGAAUCUGCUUCUCAAUCCCUUAAUGUUUCCCCUAGGUGUUCCAUUGUUCACUGUUCAAAUGGCAUGCUAUUCCCCCACCUAGCCUGUCCAUGUUCCUGCCAAAACCACAAUAGUUGUGCCCAUGGUUACGGCCAUAUCUGUUGGGUAAGUAUAGCACAACAGACUCUGUAUAAAUUCAUGAAUCUUCAAUCACUCCAAAUAGAUACACAUGCAUUUAGCUUCCACCAAAGAUUACUCAUGCUGGAAAGCUCUGUUUUCUUCUGCGUGUGUGUGGUUUUAAAUCAAUGUCUCUUCUAGAGUCUUCUUGAGUGCUGUGAUGUUUGUAUUCUCAAGUAUUUUGAUGCAGCAUAAUCUUGUCCCCCAUUUUAUACCUGUUCUUGAAUCUUUACCUAGUGGUUGCAGCUCCUACAUAAACCAGAGUUUGUUUGGUUGGUGGCUUCUUGUUUUGUGUUUAUUUUUGCUUCUGUUUCUUUGUGUGCCAGAAAUAUUCUGACUGUUAUAGGAAGACUUGUCAGCCAAGAUUUGAGAGGCAAUCUGUGGAUGACCAGUUUUUAAAGGGAUUAUUUCUUGUAGGGAAGGCAGAUUGUAGUAAAUGCAUCUAAACUCCUGAACCAGAGGUGGAGUUAGGAUCAGAAGGAAAUGCUUUUUCAGAUUUUGUGUAAUGCAGAUAAUGAGCAUAAUUGUGACUCAUUCCAAGAGGCAGCUUAAAAUUGUCCGUACUGAAUUGGUAGCUUGAAAAGGACAAAUGAGUGAGGGGUUCCCCUCCCUCCCUGCUUAGUGUGGAAUUGUCUGUCUGUGCAAUUAUGGGUCAUGUAUUUAUAAAAGCACUCCAAACUCCUCUUGAUACAGUCAGAACUUAACUGUUGGAAAUACCUCUCUGACUUGCUGAGUUCUUUGGAGUCUGUCUGGAGUUUUGUUUCACACCGGUUGCAAUAGUCUUUAUGAAGAAAUGUUAGAACUGAAAUUCUUAUAUGCUUUAUUAAAUAAUAAAAAGUAUGAUUCAUCAUGAA